AGGACUGUGAUUGCAGCAUCUACAGCAGCAGUAGUUGGUGUUGUCUCUGGCUAUCCAUUUGAUUCAAUAAAGACUCGAUUACAAACUCAACACUACGACUCCAUUGCCGCCUGCAUAAAACAAACAUACAAAGAGGAAGGCUUUCGAGGAUUUUUUAGAGGUGUUAUUCCGCCAUUGAUCACUGUUAGUAUCAUUAAGUCGAUAUCAUUCUCGGUAUAUGAAAAUUCAAAGGCGUACUACAAGAAGCAUUAUCCGAUCUUGUUUGAUCGAGAUACAAUGCUAUCUACAAUGGCAAUCUCGACAUUUGCGGGUGGAAUAAGCGGCGCAUUUAUAGCUACACUAAGCUGCCCAUUUGAACUGGUCAAGGUCCAAAAACAACUCGAAUAUCUACUGCUACAGACAAGCAGUAUUUCCACAGGUGCUACUCCUGUAGAAGAAAAAAAAUUCACUUCCACCUCAAGUUGGCAUUCAGCUAGAGAAAUCUUGAAAAAGAAAGCUAGAGAUACGAUUGGGACUAGCGUUUAUUUUGGUGGAUAUGAAACAACAAAGUAUAUAUUGAACGGUAAUCGAGAUGCAUCGUCAGCAGGGCCAUUAACACAGUUCUUGGCUGGAGGCAUAUGUGGUAUUAUGUGCUGGAUUGUAGUAUUUCCUUUAGACCUUGUAAAAACAUUGAUUCAAAAGGAAAUUCUACUGCCUACUCUAAAAUACAAGAGUGCAAAGGAUUGUAUUCAUGACAUCUAUUCAAGAAACGGAUUAGGUGGAUUUUAUAAAGGAAUUACGGUCACUCUCAUUCGUGCAUUCCCGAUACACUCGCUUAACUUUUUAGUAUAUGAGCAGACAUUGUUACUUGUGAAAAAGUUUCACCAUGACGGUGCCUGA